AUGCCGCCACCUCCAUUGCCGGCAAAAAAGGACUACUUCCCAGACCCUUCCAAUAGAGAUUUUUGCUUUCGACCAUGGUUCUCUUAUGAGAAACAGAACUACGAGGAACUUCAGAGUUUAAGAAAACAAGAUUCUAAGAAUGAUAUAUUUCUUUUAGGUGGGAGGUUGAUAUUUGGCCCUGAUGCCAAGUCACUACUUGUCACACUGUUGUUAAUCAUUGCUCCAGUCAUUAUCUUUUGUGUUUUUGUCGCAAGACAUCUUCGCCAUGAGUUUUCAUCCUAUAACGCUGGAUAUGCAAUCCUCGUAGUUGCAGUUGUCUUCACUAUUCACGUUUUAGUGCUUCUGCUUCUGACUUCAAGUCGAGACCCUGGAAUUGUACCACGAAACUCACACCCUCCGGAAGAAGAGUUCCGUUAUGACACAUCAGCAUCAGUCGAGAUCGGUGGGCGGCAGACGCCGAGCCUCCAGUUCCCCCGAACAAAAGAAGUAAUGGUCAACGGACUCCCUGUGAGAAUCAAAUACUGUGACACUUGUAUGCUAUACAGGCCUCCUCGUUGCUCACACUGUUCUGUUUGCAAUAACUGUGUCGAGCGUUUUGACCAUCACUGCCCUUGGGUAGGCCAGUGCAUUGGCUUGAGAAACUACCGUUAUUUCUUCUGCUUUGUAUCUUCGGCAACACUUCUUUGUGUGUACGUGUUUGCAAUAUCUGCUUUGUACAUAAAAGUAUUGAUGGACGAUCAUCAAGGCACCGUGUGGAAGGCCAUGGCAGAAUCCCCUGCAUCUGUGGUUCUCAUGGUCUAUUGUUUCAUAUCCUUGUGGUUCGUUGGUGGGCUCACGGGUUUUCACUUAUAUCUACUAAGCACGAAUCAGACGACGUACGAAAAUUUCCGGUACAGAUCAGAUAACAGGAUCAACGUAUACGAUCGUGGCUGUGUUAACAACUUCCUUGAAAUAUUUUGCACCAAGGUGAAGCCCUCGAAGAAUGAUUUCCGGGCUUUGGUGCAGGAAGAGCCACAGAGGGUGCCACCCGUGCACGCCUCACGGGAGCUCGGACCGGAGGAUAAUUACUCGGGGGACGAUCGGCGAAUUAAGGUCGAGGAUGAUUUGGAUAUCGGUGGCGAUCUUUUGAAAAUCUCGCAACGCCAUAAUAAUAUAGAAGAUAUAGAGGCGGACAUCCGGAGCAGGGGUAGUGACGUGCCGCGUCAUCAUAACUUGUCAGAGGCUGAUUCGGUCUUAGGUUCGGACAGGCGGGUGGUGGAUUCGAACACUCGGCAGUCGAGCUGGGAGAUUGCGAACGAUGGAAAUUAUGCCACUUCAAAAGAAAUAUGA